AUGAGGCUCCUUCCUCUUCUUCUAUUCUUAUCCCCUAUCUCCGGCCAACUCAUAGGCCGUGUCGGUCCAACAACCGACCUCUCGGAGAAGAAAACAGAAUGCAACAUCCUCGACUACGGCGGAGUCGCAGACAAUAGCACUGAUAUUGCGGACGCAUUGGAAAAGACCUUCAAUGACUGUGUCCGCCGCCAUGAGGGAAGCAGACUGGUUGUCCCGGAAGGCGAAUACCUCAUCAAUCGGGGCGUGGUGUUGAGCAACGCUACAAACUGGGCAUUCCAGCUCGACGGACUGAUUACGGCUGCGUAUGGAGGGGACUGGAAUAUUGAACGUGGGUUGAUUCUCCAAGGCUUUGCCGGCGUGGAUGUUCUGAACGAUACCAUCAACGGGGAGGGUGACCAAAAGUUCUUGCUAGAUGUCCUUGUUAUUGUCAAUGCGGUCGACUUUGAGUUCUACUCCUCUAAUGGCCGGGGUGCGUUCCAGGGCCAGGGAUAUUUGUACCGAAAUCUGAAUAAUGCGGAUCGGCCUCGUCUCGUGAGACUGAUUUCGCCCACAAAUGCGUCAGUUCACGACUUAAUUCUCGUGGACAGCCCUAAAUUCCACAUUAUUCUUGACUUUGCGGUCAAUGUGGAGGCAUACCAUUUGACCAUCCGGGGAGGUAAUCUGGGUAGCUACGAUGGUAUCGACGCAAUUGGAACGAAUUACUACAUUCAUGAUAACGAGGUGACAAACCGCGACGAAUGUGUAUCUGUGAAAAGUCCCUCCCAUCAUGCUUUAGUAGAAAACCUGGUUUGUAACCAAGCGGGCUCGGGGAUCUCGAUUGGAAGUCUUAAUGUAUCCGCCGAAAUAUCUAAUAUUGUCGCCCGAAACAUCAAUAUCAUCCAGGGCAACAACAUCGCCUUCAUCAAGACCUAUCCUGGCGGAUCAGGCUACGUCACUAAUAUUACCUUCGAGAAUUUCCGCUCCAAGGCGAGUCUCUACGGCCUUAGCAUUAACCAAUACUGGCAAAACACCUUUGAGCCCGACAGUGGCGCCGUCGCUUUGAGUAAUCUUGUUUUCCGCAACUUCACCGGGUCUGUCGCCAACGGCGUAAAACGUCCGCCUCUCUUCCUAAUCGCCAACGAUCUCACCUACGCCACGAACGUAACCGUUGAAGACUUCUCCGUAUGGACUGAAUCCGGGACCGAAGUGGCCAACAAGAUCAGCAAUAUCUUCGGCACAGGAGACGACUCGUACAACGAAGACAACGGAAUCAAGCCAUGGAGUCCAAACGCUACUCCUCAAGCCUACACGAGCACGUAUACAAUUACUGCUUCGCCAACGGGAUGGACUGCGCCGCCGAGCCCGGCCUGGGCAGCACCCAGCACCGGAUACGGAACCGAUGUGCCGAUUCCGGUUUAUACUCCGAAGCCGCUGUGGAGACCUAAUGGUGUGGAUUAUAAUUUGCAUUACUGGGGAAGCUUUUAG